AUGACUGAAUCACCUUCACGAAAGAUGGAUGAAAGGAGAUUAUUUAAUUAAAAUCAAUAGUAAAUCAAGUUAAACAAUCAAAAUCAUGAAUAUUAUCAAAUAUAAGGAGAAGAUAAUGAUGAGAUAGAUUUUGAUGAAAGUGUCCAAUAAAAUAUAAACGAUAACAACCAAUAGAUAUUUAGUGAUAAUGAUGAUUCAUUUGAGUAAAUGCAAGACUAGGAUCAAGACGAUUUCAUUGAUUUAGAUGAAGAUGAAUAAUCUCCUAAAAGAUUUCUGGAUAAUUUAGAUAAAAGGACUAAAAUUAUUUCUUUAUCACCUGAUAAAAAAUCUUAAAGCUCUAUUGAAAAUGAUGAGAAUACUUAAUCAUCCUAUUCUUUAGAAAAAGUAGUUGGGUUAAUGAUGUUAAAAAAAGAUAGGAAAAUUCCAAACUCAGUCUAUAAGCCUCAUUCAGAAGAAGUUUUCAUUGUGGUAUCUUCAUUCUUUAGUAACAGCUCAUCAGGAUUUCAAAGAAUACUGUUUCCAUAUCCUAAAUAUUGUUAGAGAACUGAUACUGCCCCAUCUUUUCUAUAGAUUGACCAUCCUUAACUUUAUGAUCCAAAAUACUAUAUGAUUAAAGUUUAUGCAUAAAGUGAACUAAAAAAGAAUAAGCUAUAGCUAGGCUUCAAGAUGACUGACAGUACUCAUAUUUAUAAUUCAGUAGUCAAUACAAUGAAAAAUGCAGGAGUUAGAAUAGUUGCACCGAAUACUAGCAAAUGGAAUGUUACUUGGACGGGAAUAACUAAGCCAGAAUUGCUUAGAGAAAUGUUUAGAUACCAAAGAGUCAAUCACUUUCCAUAGAGUUUUCAUCUAGGUAGGAAGGAUUUAAUGUGGAAGAACAUUUAUAAAAUGAAAAGGCAGUAUCAGUCAGAUUAUGAUAUUUGUCCUUAAACUUACCUCCUACCGGAUGAUUAUAAAAAAUUAGUUGCUGAUAGAGAGGCUGAGGGAAACAAAAAUCUUUAUAUUUUGAAGCCUAAUGCGUCAUCUUGUGGAAAAGGCAUUUCAGUUUUAGGUCCUUAAGAUCCCAUUCCCAAAAAAGGUGGGUAUCUAGUGUCAAAAUAUCUUGCUCAUCCUCAUCUAAUAGAUGGACUAAAAUAUGAUCUCAGAAUUUAUGUGCUAGUUACAUCUUAUGAUCCAUUAAAGAUCUAUUUAUUUAGAGAAGGAUUAGUCAGGUUUGCUACUGAAAAAUAUUCAACCAAUCCUAAUAAUCUAAAGAAAAGAUUUAUUCAUUUAACCAACUAUUCGGUAAAUAAAAAAGCUGAAGGAUAUGUUAGAAAUUAGGAUAAAGUUGGUGGGGAUAAUAACCUAGAUGAAGAGAGAUCAAGUAAAUGGAAUCUCUUGCAACUUAAAAAAUAAUUUGAUAAACUAGGUAUAGAUUAUUCCUAAGUUAAAGGAAGAAUCAAAGAUGUAAUCAUAAAGACUCUGAUUUCAGUAGAACCUCAUAUUAUGAAUUCAAUGACUAGAUGUACUCGCCACAGAAAUGUAUGCUUUGAAGUAUAUGGAUUUGAUAUUCUCCUUGAUGCUAAAUUAAAACCUUGGCUCUUGGAAGUUAAUAUAUCUCCAAGUUUGAGCAGCUCAAGCCCAUUAGAUAAAAAGAUCAAGACCAUGCUUAUCUGUGAUACUCUUAAUCUUACUGGUGUUUAACCAUUUGAUAAGAAAAAGACUCUCAAAGAGUAGGAGUAGUAGCUUAGGAAUAGACUACUUGGACUCAAUAAAUCACCAAAGAGCAGAGGAAAGUCAUUCGAGUAUCUUGGUGGUGACGGUUGCGAAAAGAUUAUGAAGAUCAUGGAUUAGCCUUUGUGUGAGGAUGAAUUGCAAAUUAUUGUGGAUUACGAAGAAGAAUAACUUAGAAAGGGAAACUUUGAUUUGAUCUUUCCACUUCCUUUAAAUGUACCGUAUUAUUCAUAGUUCUUUGAGUUUCCUAGAACUGGUAAUGAGACUCUUUGGAAAUAUAUAAGAAUAUUAACUGCUCAGAAAAAUAAUCAAAAUAUAGGCAGCUAAAAUUGA